GGAUUCCACGUUGGCCCGGACGUGGCAGUAGUCCUUAAUCAGAGCAACCGGACCAGUGUAAAAUUGUCACACUUUGCCCCUGCUGUGGCUAAUAUCAGUGCUUCUUCCACAGGUUCAAACAUCAUCUGUCAGUUAUGGGGCUCACCAUUUCGUCAAUCUUCGGCCGGCUCUUUGGCAAAAAACAGAUGAGGAUUUUGAUGGUUGGAUUGGAUGCUGCAGGAAAAACAACCAUCUUGUACAAACUGAAGCUCGGUGAAAUUGUAACCACCAUCCCAACCAUUGGUUUCAAUGUGGAGACUGUAGAAUAUAAAAAUAUCAGUUUCACUGUAUGGGAUGUGGGUGGCCAGGACAAGAUCAGACCCCUCUGGAGACAUUACUUCCAGAACACACAGGGCCUCAUCUUUGUAGUGGAUAGUAAUGACAGAGAGAGAGUGGCAGAGUCUGCAGAUGAGCUCUCAAAGAUGUUGAUGGAGGACGAAUUGAAAGAUGCUGUUUUGCUGGUGUUUGCUAACAAACAGGACCUCCCCAAUGCCCUAACAGUCAGUGAACUCACAGACAAACUCGGCCUAAGCGCCCUCCGCAACAAAAAUUGGCACAUCGAGUCAACCUGUGCCACCCAGGGCCAGGGGCUGUAUGAAGGACUUGACUGGCUAUCCAAAGAGCUUUCCAAGAACUAAUGAAGGAUUGGCUGGACAGAUGAGAGAGAGAGAGAGAGAGACUGAACACCACAGGACAGGAGGGAAGGCUCAGACAUUCAACCCAGAAACAUUUGGUCUUCCAGCACCAAUGUUCAAAAAAGGGCAAGGCUGGUGGACAAUAUAAUCAUCUUUGGGAAAUUUUACUAUCAUAUUUCUAAUUUUGUUAUCAGUACUAUUAUCGUAUUAUCUCUUAACAUAGUCGCUACUUUCUCCCUUUGCUUCUCUCUCUUACAUGGGGUCAAGUUGUAAUCCAUUUGCAUGAUGAGCAAAUGGCCUAUUAGGGAUAUUUCAUGUAAACAUUGAAUAGAGUAAUGGGAGUCCACUUGACAUCUUGGCUCCUGUCUAGGCAGCGUUUGCAGUAAUCAACCACUUUUAUAAUUUUUGAACUUACUUAAAGUCAUUGUUAAGCCUAGGUUGGGGGAUAUGAUAAUAUAACCCUAGUGUUUUGGGGAAGGACAACUUGUAGGCAGCCUCAAGCUGUUCAUCUCUACAACCCCUUGUGAAUAUUUGACUCCCUUGCAGACCUGACUCUUUUCUCUUCACCGCUAUUCCCUCAAUCUCAUGCCAACUUGUUUCACCAAAGGCCUGUAGCCAGUAGAGUGAGAAUGACGAGGAUUGCAGUGAUUUCACAGAUAGAUUUCAUAAAUAGUGUGGAAUCAUGUAGCCUCACAGUAAAUGGAUCCAAAAAGGAACAUUGUGCCUUCUGGUCCCUCUUUACACAAAUCUGAGUAAUCCUUUCCUUAUCUCAUUGUUAGGUCAUGUUCCCUCCUAAGAUGCUUUUGUGACUUUUUUUGCUUUUGAAAGACAAAAUAAUGCAACAAAACACUUCCUUUUGUGCUGCAAUGUAUGCUGUGGUGCAGCAGAACCACACCAGUGCAAGUGUAAAUUUCUACCUUGCAACUUGACUUCACUGUGGACCAGGGUUUUAUCCAGUUUGAGCAUUUGUGAAUUUGUCCUCACUCUUCUUCCUUCUGUUUUUUCUAACAUCCACCAUGAAAAAGGAUUUAAUUAAAAUCUCAGUUCUUCUAUUCUCUCUGACAGUAAAACUUUUUUAACCCAUAAGGAGGAAGGAAAUGUCUUUUGUGUGUUGACACAAGACCAGUGUCAGCACUGCUCCGUAAAGUAACAUGUUUUUUGUUGUUUUUGUUUGGAGUUUGUUGUACCGGCUGAUGGCAAAUACUGUAUUAUAUUCUUAAUUAUGCUACCCCUUUUAAAACACGAAAACAUACCUGCCCAUUGAUUUUUUUUUUCGGUGUACAUUCCAACCUAUGCUUGCAGAUGUCAGAGCCGCCACUCUUCGCUAAAAAUAUUUUACAUAAAAAAAACAACCAAAAAAAAAACUCUGAAUAAAGCCAGUGUUAAAAAAAUAAA